CGCGCCCGGCAGCUCGCAGGCGCCGCGGAAAACGUUGCGCAGGUUCCAAAAUGGAACGUCGGCGGCGUGAGGGAGCGCGAGGGGGUGUGCGCGCGUGCGCGUGCGCGUGCGCGCCCGGGCGAGGGUGACGGGGGACCCCGCUGGCCCCGAGCCUCGCGCGCAGCAGCCGCGGCCCCGCAGCUCCGCCCCCGGCCCGGCCCGGCCCCGGGCCCGCUCGUCCGCCGCCCCGCAUGGAGCUGUCAGCCAUCGGCGAGCAGGUGUUCGCUGUGGAGAGCAUCCGGAAGAAGCGCGUACGGAAGGGCAAAGUCGAGUAUCUGGUGAAGUGGAAAGGAUGGCCCCCAAAGUACAGCACGUGGGAGCCGGAAGAACACAUCUUGGACCCCCGCCUCGUUAUGGCCUACGAGGAGAAGGAGGAGAGAGACCGAGCAUCAGGGUAUAGGAAGAGAGGUCCGAAACCCAAGCGACUCCUGCUGCAGCGGCUAUACAGCAUGGACCUGCUGCGGAGCUCCCACAAGGCCAAGGGCAAGGAGAAGCUUUGCUUCUCCCUGACACGCCCUCUCGGCAGUGGGAGCCCCGAGGGGGUGGUCAAGGCGGGGGCGGCCGAGCUGGUGGACAAGGGCCCAUGGGUGCCCACCCUGCCCUUCCCGCUCCGCAAGCCUCGCAAGGCCCACAAGUACCUGCGGCUCUCACGCAAGAAGUUCCCGCCCCGCGGGCCCAGCCUGGAGAGCCACAGCCAUGGACGGGAGCUCUUCCUGCAGGAGUCGGCAGCCCCAGACGCCCUGCAGGCGGCCGGCGAGUGGGAGCCCAUGGAGCAGCCCCCUGAGGAGGAGGCAGACACAGAUGCGGCCGAUGGGCCCCCUCCCUGGACACCCACGCUCCCCCCGAGUGAGGUGACUGUGACCGACAUCACGGCCAACUCCAUCACCGUCACCUUCCGCGAGGCCCAGGCGGCCGAGGGCUUCUUCCGAGAUCGCCAUGAGAAGUUCUGAGUCACUGCCGGGCGUCUACUCUUCAACUGUUUUCUUUCUCGGGGGCUUGUGGUGGGGACUCGCACAGACAGGGAACGGUUCGGGGAGGGGUAAUUAUUUUAUUUAAAAAAAAAGACAAACAGAAGAAGGGGGCGUUGCCGCCACCCUGCCUUUCUCUGUGAGGGACUCUAGGGCUGAGCUUCUGGCCAGGGCUCUGAAUCCAGGGAAGGC